GUUUCAAAUGGUAGUGCUAACGAAAGCGGCUACUACCAAUCUGGGCUUUAUGGUGUUUUUUCCUUUGCUAUGGACAAUGUUUUCUUAUCAUUGGCUGGAAAUCACCCACUAAUGGAAAAUGGAAGGUUCCCAGUGUUCUACGAUUGAAAGACUGAUAAACGGCACAUUGCGAAUUUGAUGUGCUUUUUGAUGGACAAAGCGUAAUGGUUGAAACUUGUUAAAAUGAUCCAGUUACUGAACAAAUGACACAGUACUUGUAGAAUCCAAGAGCUCAGUUGUUAAUCGUAGGCAUAUGCACUUGUGACUAAUGAUGCUACUUGCCUGCCUAAUCAUUUUAACUGGAACCGGUUUGCCACAUCUUAGUCCUCCCUGCAUCAAGUCAUGCUUAUGGUUCAAAACCCACAUUUCGCUUCUUGGACACAACUUUCAGCACAAACAGCUGGGAACGCGGCUGCUGCGGCAGCCGCUGCAGCUGCAGCAGUACAUCCGGGAGCAGGGGCACCAUUUCAAUUUCCAAACGCCAAUUCGUUCCAACAUCUUGAGUCACCUGAUUCAUCAACUGCCACCUCUCGUAGUGUCAAUUUAGAUAAUUCUCCUUCAGUCAGUGGAACAAGUAAUAAUUUUUCACUUGGUUUACAAUCAACAACACCUUUAACUUCGCAGCAUUCAAUACCAUCACAAACUCACGCACAGUCACAACAACAUCAACAGUUACAUCAACAUCAAAUACAAUUACAACAACAGCAACAACAUCAACACCAAUUACAACUUCAACAACAAAUUCAGUUACAGCAACAACAGUUUAGACAACAACAGUUACAGCAACAUUCGUUGCAACAACAAGCUAGACUUUCAAACCCAUCUCAACCACAGCAACAACAACAACAGUUGCAUCAGCAUUUGCAGCGCCAACCUGUUGUUCCUCAGUUGCAACAAAUGAAUCCGAUUUCAGGUAUUAGUCUUCAGACUACCAGUAUCAACACAUCACAGUCAUUACCGAUUGUUCUGGAUACUACUGGUUUUGGUAUGCAAAGUUCACCAACAAUUCAGACAACUCCGGCAGUUCAUAAUCAACUAUCUCCUCGAACAUCUAUACUUAAUGUAACAAAUUUCCCAUCAUUUACAACUGCUACCACUCCAGUGAAACAGAAACGAAAGUCGAAAACCACUAGUAAAAAGCCUCAAACGGAGGCUAUAUCCAGCACUACUGUUCUUAGCACAAGUAUUCCAACUUGUGAUGUAUUAAGUACAUUAUGUCCCACUUCUGCGAUAUCAUCAUUUGGUAUGAUUCCAAUGAAUGGUAGUUUAUCAUCAAUAUCCUCGACUGGUCAAACUAAUUCUAUAUCAUCUAAUGCAAUUACGUCUAGUAGUGAGACGUGUGUUUCACCAUUACCAACGACACUUUCACCAUUGCCAACACUUCCUGAAGAGAUUUUAUUAAAGAUUGAUCCUUCUCUGGGUGAUCCCCCACCACCACCACAUGCAGAUAUAACUAUUACAAAACCUUAUCAAUGUGAUAUAUGUUUCAAACGAUAUUCAGGUAUGAAAUCAUUAAAGAAUCAUAAACUAACUCAUUCUGAUAUCCGACCUCAUAAAUGUUCUAUAUGUGGUAAAGCAUUUCUUAGAGCUGAUAAAAUGCGUCUUCAUGAGAUUUCUCACUUAAAUGUUAAACCGUUUGAAUGUGCUACUUGUAAACAACGUUUCACUCGUUCUGAUAAAUUAAAAAUUCAUCAUCGUACUCAUACAGGUGUUCGUCCGUAUGCAUGCACUUUUUGUCCUAAACGCUUUACAAGAUCCGAUAAACUUAAAAUUCAUGAACGUAUACAUACCAAAGUUAAGCCAUAUGAAUGCUCCCAUUGUGGAAAAUGUUUUGCUCGUUCAGACAAAAGAAGACUCCAUGAGAAAACUCAUAUGUAUGGACCUAAACCUCGUUCUACCGGUGGAAAAAAAUCCAAGACUACAAGUGCAGCAACUGCGGCUGCAGCCGCAGCAGCAGCUGUUGUUGCUGCUGCAUCAGCGGCGUCAUUUCUAAGUGUUAACUCUAUUGGAAAGACCCUAGGUCUUCCACUCACUGUUGCCAAUCCUAUCAGUGUCAAUAAUUCUUCAUGUAGUGUGUUUGAUUUCUCUUCAAUUACAAAUGUUGGUACAACUAGUCAAAGUAAUGCAUGUUUUUCAUCAUACCAUAAUGUUAGCUCAGCUCCAUCUAAUAUGAAUGAAAAGACUGCUGAUACUCAACAGAUCCCUGCUUCUUUGUCUACGAUUUCUUUCCCUUUGCCAACUUGUCAACAGUUGCAUUUACCAUCACAACAUCAUUCUACUUUAGCUUCACUUGCAGGAAUUGCUCAGUAUCAUCCAGCUUUAUUUUCCGCUCAUCCACGACAAUUUCCUCAUACCUCGACAGCAGCUAAUCCUGUUUCCAUUUAUGCAACAAAUCAAACUACUUCUAUGGGAUUUACAACCGCUAAUUCAGGAUCUUAUCCUCAUGCGCAAGUAAUGCCCUUUCUAGUCAAUUCUAAUAACACAGGUGCAUCUUCUUCAAUCUCAUUUUUGGGAACUAAUGCGGUUUCGGACAGUGGCAACAAUAACUGUUCAGUUGCCAACACUUCUGGUGUCUAUCAAAGCUCUUCUUCUCAGAAAAUGGGAGCAGAUGUAACUUCAUUUCCGGUUAGUACGUCUGGGCUAACACAGCGAACAGGAAUAUCUUCAAUUGCUGAUCCUGUCUCUGUGAAUCCAACAUCGACUACAGUGGCGAAUACGAAUAUUGCAGCUGUAAUGGCUGCGGCAGCAUUAGGUCGUCAGUUUCAUCAAACUCAACAACAAUAUCCGCAGAUAGUAGCUUAUUCAGCUUCUCAACAAAUCCCUAAUGUUUCAGCCUUCAUUCAUCAACAACAGCGCCAACAACUCCAGGAAAACCAACAAUCACAAGAAACUGGACAACAACAAAGCCAACAGCAGGCACAUUUUGUUCAUCACCAAACACAAUCUAAACAAAUUCAGUCACAACAACAUCAACCUCAACAGACACAACAACAACAACAACCUAGAUCUCAAUUCCAAUUCUAUCAACCUCAGUUUGCUCAUCAGUUUCAGCAUUCAACUGGUCAGUUACAGCAGGACCAUCAACAUCAAAUGCUGCAACACCAACAACAAGUUAUUCAGUUGCAUCAACAACUUCAACAACAACAGCAACAAACUCAACAACAACAAACUCAGACUCAUCAUCAACAGCAACAGCUUAUGCAACAACAUUCCGCCAUGCUUCAACAACAGGGUCUCAUUUCACCUGCUCAUUCUGGCACAUCAGUUGCUGCGUUUAGUUUAUUCCCUCAAGCAGCUGCACAAUUUAUACCUGGUGUAGUACCAGCUCAGUAUGCGGCAGCGGCGGCAGCAGCAGCGGCUCAUUCAACGCACCAACAAUAUAUGCAAGUGCAACAUCAACAGUAUUUGGCUGCAGCCGCUGCCGCCGCCGCAGUUGUUUCUUCCUCCUCAUCUUCGUCUUCUUCUGUACCAAUUCAUUCAUUGACACUUACAACAUCGCAUCAAUUAAACAGUACAACAACAAUUACACCGACAACUAGUUCCAUUGUCGCUUAGCUUUUUUAUAUUUGAAUCCAACUUUUACGUUAUGUUAUGUGUAUAUCCAUUUGAAAGUAACUUUCUUCUUCAGUCGAUAUUAAUGGUGAUGACGCAAACAAUUUUAUGAAAGAUAUACCAGAAUCAAUCUUUUCUUCACUAUAUAUUACCAACCGGUUUUUUUUAUGAAGUGAAUUUGCAUUUGACUUUUUCACAUUAUGUUAUAUAAUGUUAAAUUGGGUCUCUUUUUUUCUUCUUAGAUACAGUGUAGUGCACAAUCAUAUCGAUUUUGUGAACUAUUCUGUUCCUUUUUGUACAGACAUUUAUUGACACGUUUGUUUGUUUACUAACCGACAAUCAGCUAUUUUAGAAUACCGUAACUUCAAACACUAUACUUCUUAAUAUGCAUUUGAAUCAUAUUUUUUUCGGCGAAAGAGACUCUAUUUCGUGGUUCUUCAUCUUUCCAUUUCGUCAUAGUCUAUUAAUAUAAUAUAUUUAUGUAAUAUGUGUAAGCAACCUUAAUUCAUUGUUUCCUCCUCUUCUAACUCUUAGGUUUUGAAUUUUUUUUAUGUCAGGUUGAAUUUAAACUAAUAUUUCUUUAUUUGUCAUUAUUAUUGUUGUCCAUCUCUGUCAGACUAUUAUAUUUGUUGUUACCAUUAUAGUAAAUUAUAGCUUGUUGUUAAUACUUUCAUCGACUCUAUCCUCGUAAUUUCAUCCAUUUUUAAUACGAAUAAAAAAUAUACAUCAAAGUUGGGUUUCUAUGUGUAUAUUUAUUUAUUAUCUUGUGUAUUCUGAAAUCUAUUUACCUCACCCUAUAUUGCAUCUUUACUUCAAAAAAAGUCUUAUUCCUUCUGUGCAGAUACUUUUCUUGCUUCUUUUAGUUUGACUUGUUUUCUGCUUCUCCUGAACUGGGCUAUUCUUUUGUUUCAGUGCAAUCUAUGCUAAUUGUUAGUAUUCAGUAUGUAUGCUAUACACACACUAUGUAAAACACAAGCGCAACCGAUAAAAACCGUUCUUUUCUCUUCUUGAUUUUUUCUGACUUCAUUCUUUAUCAUAUUCCAUUUACCAACCUACCUCUAGAAAAAAUAGCAUAUUUUGUCUUCUGUGUAUAUGUCCUUUCAAAUAGCAAAAUUUUCCCGCUUGCAAAUGCGUGACAGUUUACUUAUCCCAUUUUUUCUUUAAGCAUUUUUCCCGACUUUCAUCAGUUUGUAAAAGAUUUUCAAACCGACAAAUACACGGAUUGGUCUCAUCAUUUUUUGAUUUUAAUUGUCACAAUUUUUUUUCUGUCUUACUCCGUCAAAUUAGUUUUCUCUGGACCAUCCUGGUAAUGAAUUUAUUCUUACCAAUAAAGUAUAUAUAUAUAUAUAUAUAUAUAUAUAUAUAUAUGCAUAUACCUGUGGCUCAUUGCAUUUUCUUAUUAUAAUUGCUAUCACUAUCAAUACUAUCGCUGAUCAUUAAGUUUAAUUUAUUUUAUGAAAAACAGCUAAUAAACUGCUUAGUGUUCCCACUUUACUUAGGAUACUAUAUAUAUACCAGGUUACAAUGCAUCUUUAAUAUCCAGAUUCAUAAUUGCAUGCAGUGUUACAACAGAGCAUGUGAACCAAAACUUCAUGUAGAUAUUUUCAUUUUGUGUUGAUUUUUAUUCCUACUUUAUUAUUAUUUCUUAUUCUCCAUUGAAAUAUAAUCAAAAUCAUGUAGACAAAGUUAUUUUUUAAUUUCAACUCAAUGAAAUUGUUGGUUCUUUUUUUCUCUAGAUGAACGUUUACAUAUUCUGUAUGUGUCUGUUCCUGUAUUCUUGUGUGUGUGUGUGUGUUGUAUGUUGUUAAGUGGAUGUGUCCAUUUAUUUUGUUUGUUUAUUGGAGAGUAUGUGUUAUUAUGUAAAAAGAAAAUAAUCUCCAAUUUAAGUAUACAACUAUUAUUAAUACUACUGUUGCAUUUUUAAUCGAGUUCUCUGUUUUUGUUCUUUUGUUCAAUUUUAUUUUGUUUUUUUAUAUACAUAUAUAGUUAUAAUGAUAAUUUUCCUUUGUUACGUUUAUGUGGAUAGGAUUGUUUUUCUGUGUGAAUUCAUUAGCAUAAAUAUUUUCAAGAUAAAUGUAAGUUUAGUCUAGGCAUAACACCUCCAGUUUAUAUUUCCUACGACUGCAUGAAAAUGUCUACUUAUUCUCGUAACCUGUAGUUGGGCGAUUUUAGAUGACAUCGUUUUGAAGUUUUGUUAACAACAAUACUGUUUCAUCAACUUUUAUUUAGUGUUUGUAGUAGUAGUAACUCACCGUAACUCUGUGUUUUUCCCCUGUUAUUUUCGGGCCAUAGUUCUCUUUUCUAUCCUUGCUCGAUGUUUUUUCGAAAUGCGGUAACUUUGUUCGAUGAACUACGAUUUUAGGUGUCCGACCUGUAAACUAUUUAUGAUCACGAGUUAAAAACUUCAUUUGUGUCAGCGUAAGCACUCAAGUCAAACAAUCAGUCAUACGCAGCGUAAAAUCUGGCUCAUGUGUUUGUCGGUUUAAGUUGCGAUACCCAGUUGGCACAGUGAAAUGAAAUUGUCAAGGCAAAUCCCAAGGUGGCAAACGUAGUAACAGUAUGAGUGGUAAUAGGAAAGAUUAGUCACAGAAGAUACUAUGCGUAAAGAAAGUAUGGUUUGGUCAAAUAAAAAGAUAAGGUAAUUUAUAAACGUUGGGUCUGUGCUAUUGAGAACGAUUUUCAGCCAUUACCCAAUGUCUAGGUAUUGGUUACAAUGAUCAAAUAGACCUCAACUAUGUAGUCUGCAACUGCCUACAUGGUUUUUGAACAGUUAGUGUCUUCGUGGGUUGAUGCAAUUUUUUGGUGUGACUCUCUAGCUUCUAUCGUCACGCAUCGAGUUAGCUGGGAAAUGAGCAUUCGUUAUACAUGUCUUAACCAUCUCAGUCAAUAAAGGCCACCUCACCAAUCGAUUCGUCAUUUUUACAUACCUAAUGCCUUCUGUCGAGCGUCAGGUUUUCUAACUCGAUGAUGCCAACACAUACGAGGAAUCGUUCAAAGACAACCUUUGAUUGAACACUAGUGACUUAAGAGUAUCUUCUAUUUUUAAGGGCCGAAUUUCAUGACGAUAAUUAAAACAAACUUCUGCUUUGUAUAUUCGUCCUUUAGCUAGGAAAUGGAUAUUUCACCUUCGCGGCCGGUUUAUAAAAUCCGAUUGAGAUUCCGUAAUUCGUACGUCCAAUUAGCGAUUUUAAUAUUCACGUGGUAAAUGCCCCAUAACUGGUUAUACGCACGUGCAGUUAUUGAUUUUCAGUUUCUAACACACACCCGCAUAUAAGCUUUUUUUACUUUCUAGUUUGUAAAUUACACACUAGCUCAGUCUACGUAAAUGCUCAAAAUCUGUAUGCUUUUACGAAGUUUUGCACGAGAUUAUAAAGUAUGUGUUACACAUACUGGCUGGGAAGUUUCUUAGUAUGUACAAGAACCUAGUUAUAUUUUCAGCAUCCUAUCUGUCUACUUGGAAGUACAUAGUAGCACUAGUGCUCCUGAAAUGCAUUGGAC